UCCAAAAGGGCACUAUUGGUGCAAUGAAAAUUUUUUUUUCUAUCAAUUUGCAAAUGUGUAGUCUGUGUAGUCUCUUUUUAAUUGUAUAAAUUGCCGCUUUUCAAUCAUAAAAUUAGUCGUUCCUAGAUACUAUUGUGUCGUGAAUUUCGCUUAUUCGGUUGUCGUGUAAAAUAAUUAUUUGUCGUUGAAUGCAUUUUUUUACCGUGCAAUAUAAAAUGCCUGUCGUUGAAGUAAUUUUUUUGUCGUGUUUUUUGUGGGCUGUGGUAUUUAUUUUUUCUGUCGCUUAAACCCCUUAUUUUUGUCGUGCAUUUCCCCUUUUUUGUCGUAACGAUAAAUCAUACCCGAUUAUAUUUAUAUCUCGUAUGAUUGGGUGCUGAAUCACCAUUCACGAUUAAAUUGUUCGUGGAAAUGGAUUUAUUAAAUUAGCACGAAACGACACCUCAUAAUAUGGUAGUGUGAAAAAUAGGUACAUACCUACUUCGUCGAACUUUCAACGAUAAAAUUAUCGAUUUUCUUCAUUAUAAAUAGGUUAUCUUCUCAUGUGAUUCGGCAUUCGUCUUAUUAGCUCAGUUAGAUCUGAAAACCGUAGGUACCUACGUUUUUUUGUUUUAUACAAAGUAUUAUUUGACGGUACGCUUAAAAUGGUUAAAGUGAAGGAGUUCUGUUGCGGAUGUUCACUUCGAACUGGAACGCUUAUAAUAGCUUGGAUUUCAUUAGUGUAUAAUUGCGCAUUGUUGGCAUUUGUUUCAAGAUCAUCUCUCACCCUGUACCGUCGCUGGAGCCAAUUUGAGCCAUACAGCCGUUCCAAGUAUUUUAGUGCUUCCGAACUUCCACAACCUCCAUCAGUGCUUAUUCUGGUAUAUUUCUUGUUCACCAUCAUUCCUGGAAUAUUAGCUUCCCUUGUAACAAUUUGGGCCAUUCAAAAGAACAAAGCUAAAUACCUAAAUUUUCUUUUUUGGUAUCUUUGCUAUAUGGUAAUAGUUUCCGCAAUUAUUGGGAUUUCAAUAAUGAUAAAACCCACCUGGAAACAAAAAUUCGAUGACCUGGUUCCAUGGAGUUUGAGGUUCCAUAACAGGAGUAUCGAUGAAAUAACGUUUUACUUCAUUACGAGUCUAUUUGAUAUAGCUCUACUGUCGUAUUUCGCGUUGGUUGUAAAAAGCUGCCGAGAUUACGCGUUACGAAAUGAAGCUCAAGAUGUUAGAUUUGUCGGUCCUGAUGUGACAACUAUUGGAUACGUUGCGGCAUAGGUACCUAGUCAUUUCCAUGUAGGUGCAGUUAAGUACCUGCCUCCUUUUAAGGACCAUGUGUAUCAAAGAAUAGUAGAUGAUUUUCAUGGGAAAGAAGUGAAAGAAGUCCGAAGACUUUGACCAAUCAUCGUUUUCAACCCAUCUCUCCUGUACACAGUUCUAAAACAGUCUCUUGAAUUCUGUCAGCGAUGGAAUUUGCUGCUUGGGUCAACAAAGAAUCUCAAAAAUGCUACUCUUUAGACAUGGGUUCUAUCUUGAAGCAAAAAGAGUAAGAAUGAAACGUACUAUAAAAGACCACGAUUUUUUUUUUAAAUGUCCUUUUCUUGAAUGUCUACGUACUCUAGAAACACCGUCAAAACUAAAAAUUGUUUCUCAACAUUUUUUACUCAAAAUGAAAAUUUUUAUGAAAUUUUAUCAAUUUUUCCCGACUUUAGCCACAAUUUAAUCUCUAUUAAUGUAGUUAUCAUUAAAAUAUUGUACCCAUAGCAUGAAUCAUUCAUCUUUUAAUAAUACUUUUGAAUGUUAUUGAAAUGUUUGUAGGUAAACGUUUAUUUCCAUGAAAUUACACAUUCGCAAUUA